CAUCUAGUUUCCUGUCUCCUCGCCAAAUUCCCGCUCUUUGGCUUCAACCGGAUUCGGCUUCCCAUGUGAGGCUCAGGCUACUAACCAAGAACCCAUUUUUCCUUAAUGGAAAGCCAUGGAUCCCAGAGGAGGAGAAAUCUCAAGCGAAAACCCCUCUUCGACCUCACCAACACCACCCGUUCCCUCUCCUCCUCCCAUGCCGCUUCUCUCAAACCCAAUCCCAUUCCCAAGCGGAAGCCAAAACCCCAAUCCUCCGACCCGACACCGCCCCAAUCCUCGAACCCCGACGAGACCCCUGCCAGAUCCAACUCCGGGUUCAAUUCCGGUGGCCCCGACGACCAUGGAGUUCAAAUUGUCGCCGCACCCUCUCCUAGAUCGAGGGAAACCUUCUUGGAUUCCGUUGAUGAUGUUGCUCAACCUGACAAAUCAGAGCAUUAUAUAGUUUACACACAACGAACUGCCGAAAGAAGGUGUAAGGAAAAAGAAGCUGGAAGAAAAUGCCAGGAAAAAGAAGCAGGAAGAAGGUGUAAGGAAAAGGCUGUACCCUCCACUACAUCGAGUUGUCCACCAGUAGGAAGGAGUAGAAGUAUAAAGGGAAAACUGGUGUUGGACAAUGACAAAGUUGAUCACCCUAAAGCAUUUUCAGUUCCUUAUCAAAAAGCCAAAAAGAAGCGGCGCUACACAAUGCCUGAAGCCAUCUGCAAACCGAUACUGCCUCAAGAUUUUAUUGAGAAUCAGAAAGCUUACUUUGCAGAGAUCGAUGCCUUUGAACUGCCUGAGGAGGUUGUGUCAGAGAGCGAACUUGAAUAGAGUCUGCGUUGGAUAUAUGGAUACCUUUAAACUGUCUGAGGUGGUUGUCUCAGAGAGCGACUGGAAUGGCAGCGGAGCAUACGCCUACUUAGGAAUUCGACUAUAGAGUAGGAUACUUGCAGAAUGCUAACCCAGGGGAACCAUGUACAGUGAUAUGACCACAUGAGCGGCAACUGGGAAUCUUGGCAAGAUUUUGGUUGCCUUCCGAAUGUAAAACUGGCCAGUGUACCAAUCACUUACCUAUCGAUUGUACUUCUGUGAAUGUAAAACUAGCGGAGUUCAGUGACCUUGCAAUUACUAAUCUGUACUUUAGCCUUAUACAAAAAUAUGAAUCAGCUCUAUUUCUUUUCUUGACUCA